UGCUGCUCGGGGCAGCGAUAGAGAGCGGCAGAGCUGCCAUGGAAGCCAACACUUCCCUCUGGCACAGCUACCUUGGGGUGGUCGUGUCCCGCGAGAGGCAGCGGAUGGAGCAUUUCCAGCGGGCCGAGGACAUCCUGCUCACCCUAUUGGAGAGUGUCCAUGCCAGGGAACCCCGCUUCCUCGUGGAGUACGCCAGGAACCUGGAAGCCUUGGAAUUCUCUCUCUGUGCCUCUGAGGACGCUGUCGCUCUCGAGAUGCCCGUGCGUAUUGACGGUGAUACCCUGCGUGUGCUGGCGUGCCAGCCCAAGGACACCCCAGGCAGACAUCCUCCAGAGCUGAACACCUGCUAUCUGGGAGUGUGCUCUCCAGGGACUGGUUUGGAGGACUGGACUGGUGUUGUGGAUGUGAUGGAGCACGGAGGUGGUGCGGGGUGCCUGCUUCCAGGCAAAAUCCUCCAGCAUCUGAAAGAGCUCCUUGUUUCAGCCAUCGUGCAUUGCCAACGCCUCUUCCUGCUUCAGCCAGGUGACAUCAGUGCUGAAAACCUGCAGGAAGAUGCCAUGGAGCUCUCCCUGCUGAUCCGUGGCAGCUGGAAGACCAUUCGCUUUGACAUUGUUCCUGUGGUGAGGAGGCAGCAAGAGCCACUCUGGCUCCAGAGGCGACAGAGAGACAGUGGCUUCCCUGAAGGCAGCCUCAGGAAGGCCACAGAAGAGGCACACUUUGUUCCUGCCUCUCCCCAUUGCUGGAGAUCCUCCACUCACCUUCCCAUCCUGAAGCUGCUCCGAGAAGUGGACACCCUGGGGGGACCCCGUCUGGACAGCCUCCGCCUGCUCGACCAGCUCCGUGACCAGGACUGGGGAGGGGAGGAUGGGAAAGGCAGUCUCACCUUCAACCACCUGAAGAUGGUGUUGCUGUGGAGCACAGAGCUCUUCCCCUCUCCGGAGGACUGGCAGGACCUGGAAGGUUCUGUCUACCGGCUCUUGGUGAUCCUUCUCCGCUGCCUGGCCACCCAGCACCUGCCCCACUUCCUGAACCCAGGGGAAAACCUCUUCCAAGGAAUGGCCCCAGAUCUUGCCUCCCUCUACCAUAAAGUUGAGAGUUUUGCCUGGGACCCCCAGCGCUUCCUCCGCUUCCAUUUUGGCCUCCAUGGGUUCAGUGGCAGCUGGCAGGCAGACACAGAAACCCGAGCCCUCCUGCAUCUCCCCACCGAGGAUGGGUCCUACUGGGACACAGCCUACUUUGACAUGCUACUCAGCCAGUUUCAGGUGUACCGGAUCCAGGACAGCGCACGCCGCUCAGCAGCGUCCCAGCUCCUUAGCAAGAUCCUUCAAGAAAUCCCUCAGCAGAGCUGAGUGGGACCCUGCUGCUGCCCCAUUAGAGUGUCUCGAAACUCUGGUGGGGUGCAAGGAGAGCUAUAGGGCCAGGGAUCAGUGUGCUGCUGUGUCAUUUAUUGAGGGAAGGUGGCAGGGGAAGAGAGCACAUCUGCUGUAGCUGGGGGGCAUACACAGCCUCUUGGCUGCCCUGGUGGACCUGGGCACUGGGUGCUUCAUGGUACACAACCUGGAGGGGGAUGGCAUUGGUUGGUGAUGGGAGGGGAAGGGACCUGUGGUCAUAUCCUACAUGCAGCUCUCUGUCAGCUUGCUGAAGGUCACCAUGCCCUGGUGUUAGCAUUCAGGAACACAUAAUCACUGAAUAGUUAUAUGAAGGUGCUUUAUUAAGAGCUCUGGGUGUCAGGGGUACACAGACCCAAAUCCAACCCGACUUGGUUUUGAGUUGAACAUGCUUUUAUACUUUAUUGUUAUAUAACUUUCAUAUUAAUUAUUAAACUUACAUUGUUAUAUUGUA